AUGAGUUCGAAUUUGAAAGCCAUGUUACUCGCCAACCUUUUGGGCUUUGCUUCGGCUGCAAGCUUUGGUUUUGGCCCCGAGAACCAAACUCCCCUUCUGGGAACCGGUUCUUCUCACACCCGGCGCAACAAUGUCGUCUUUAUUCUCACCGAUGACCAAGACCUACACAUGAACUCACUAGAUUAUAUGCCACAUUUGCAGAAGCAUCUUGUUGAUCAAGGGACAUUUUACAAGCGUCACUACACCACCACUGCUAUCUGUUGCCCGGCACGCGUGUCUAUCUUGACCGGCAAGGCGCCUCAUAAUACCAACGUUACCGAUCUGACUCCUCCAUAUGGCGGUUAUCCCAAGUUCAUCCGGGAGGGACACAAUGACAACUACUUGCCAAUCUGGGUACAAGCUCAAGGCUACAACACGUACUAUGCCGGAAAGCUGUUCAACUCUCACGCCGUGAACAACUACAACGAUCCAUUUGUGAAGGGUUGGAACCAAUCCGACUUUCUCCUCGACCCAUAUGUUUACAUGUACCUGAAUGCCACAUUCCAGCGUAACCACGACCCUCCAGUCAGCCAUGAAGGAGAAUAUGUUACCGACGUCCUUGCUAGAAAAACUCAGGGUUUUCUUGACCAGGCGCUCGAAGAGGAUGCUCCAUUCUUCCUUACCAUUGCCCCAAACGCACCACACAGCAAUGUCGACGCCAGCUUUGCCAAGAUCAACUUUACCGACACUCCUCGAAACUGGACUUUCAAGAUGACCACUCCCAUCCCUGCCCCACGUCACGCACACCUUUUCAAAGACGUGGUCGUUCCACGAACCGAAAACUUCAAUCCCGAUUCCCAGAUCGUGCCGAGUUGGAUCCGUGACCAGCCCAAGCUCACACAGGAGAACAUCGAUUGGAAUGAUGACUUCUAUCGCAAUCGUCUGCGCGCUCUUCAGGCAGUGGAUGAGCUGAUUGACGAUGUUUUCAAGAAGCUUGAAGACGCUGGUGUCCUCGACCACACCUACGUCGUCUACACCACCGAUAAUGGGUUUCACAUUAGCCAGCAUCGUUUGCAGCCUGGUAAAGAGUGUGGUUAUGAAGAAGAUAUCAACAUUCCACUCAUCAUUCGAGGACCCGGUGUGCCAGCAGGCUCCGUCUCGGACGUCAUCACUACACACGCCGAUCUAGCACCGACUUUUUUAUCUGUCAUUGGUGCACCUCAACGAGCAGACUUUGAUGGAGUUGUCAUCCCUCUCACGGCAGAGGAACAGUCUGAGGCUGUGGGAAAACGGCAUGAACAUGUUACUGUCGAGUUUUGGGGGAUGGCCGGAUCGGAGGGCAAGUUUCCCUAUCAUGACAAGGAGGGCGAGAGUUUCUUCCUGACAAACAAUACGUACAAGUCAAUUCGUAUCGUCGGUAAGACAUACAACCUGUACUACUCUGUUUGGUGCCAUGGAGAACACGAACUGUACGAUCUACAGUCGGAUCCCGGUCAGCUACGCAACCUAUUGGAUACAGAAGCCCCGCAGCCAGUUCAACUGUUAGGGUACCCGCUCGAGUCUGUCGUUGCACGGCUUGACGCUCUUCUCCUGGUGGGAAAGACUUGCAAGGGUCUUGUUUGUUCUCAACCUUGGAAGACUCUUCACCCGCAAGGAGAUGUUAAGACAUUGGAAGAUGCAUUAAGUCUUGAGUUUGACGAAUUUUAUGUAAAGCAGCAGCCCAAGGUGUCUUUCGGCUGGUGUGCAGGUGGGCAUGUGCUCGAUGCUGAAGGCGCGCAGUUUGAGAAGGAGGGAUUAGCUUACUGGCGCCCAGAUUGGAGUAACUGGGUGUAA